AUGAGGCACUGGAACAGCUCACCUAGUGAUGCCAUUGAUGCCUCAGCCCUGGAGAUUUCAAGGCAAGGCUGGAUCAGCCCUGGGCAGCCUGAACUAGCGCAGAGAAGGUUCACCUUGACCACUCUGCGCAACUUUGGGAUGGGGAAGAGGAGCAUUGAAGAGAGGAUCCAGGAGGAGUGCCGAUUCCUCACAGAUGCGUUCAGGGAUGAGCAGGGAAAUCCUUUCAACCCUCACCUUAAAAUCAACAAUGCUGUUUCAAACAUCAUCUGCUCCCUGCCAUCGGGCUCAGAAAACAGAAUGAUACACUCUGAAUCUAAGAAAGUUGCUCGAGGUUUUGCCACUGACUGCAAAGAAGAAAGGACUGGCCUGCAAAAGUGCACGCUGUCUGUGCUGGGGACAGAAGGGCUGUACCUGGCUCAUUAUCUUCCCAUGGAGGGUAACAGUCUCAUCCAUCAGCCGCAGCAAGUUUUGGAAGUCCUCAUCAUGCCUGUGAAGGCACAGCCCUACAUUGUGGACGUAGAUGGGAUUAAUUUAUCUCCAGAAGCAGAAUUAGAAAGGAUUGCCAUCUCCAUGGUGAUUGAUUUCUGUGAGGAUAACCUGGUGGCGUGCACUCUUGACCUGUUUUUUGCUGGGACCGAGACCACCUCCACAACCAUCCGCUGGGCCCUGCUGUUUAUGGCCAUGUAUCCGGAACUUCAAGCCCGUGUGCAAGCUGAGAUUGAUGCUGUCAUUGGGCAGUCCAGGCAGCCAGCUCUGGAGGACAGGAACAACAUGCCCUACACCAAUGCUGUCAUCCACGAAGUACAGAGGAAAGGCAACAUCAUCCCUUUCAAUGCGCUGAGACUGACGGUGAAAGACACAGUCCUGGCUGGUUUCCAUGUACCCAAGGGCACGAUUUUGAUCCCAAAUCUGUCCUCUGUGAUGUUUGACAAGAAGGAGUGGGAAACCCCUCACAGUUUUAACCCCGGGCAUUUCCUGAAGGACGGUCAGUUCUGGAAAAGGGAGGCUUUUAUGCCAUUUUCUAUAGGGAAGCGCGCCUGCCUGGGUGAGCUGCUGGCUCGUGCUGAGCUCUUCCUCUUCUUCACGGCUCUGCUCCAGAAAUUCACCUUCCAGGCUCCCCCAGACACCAUCCUCGACCUCAAAUUCACAAUGGGCAUCACCUUGGCCCCGCAGCCCUACAAGAUCUGUGCUGUGCCUCGGUAGGGAGCACAGCCACUGUUCUUGGAGGAGAACUUUUUGGCUUUGGAGCAGUUCCACAAGCUGAGCCCUAACUGGCUGCCUUGGGCUCCCCAGCAGUUUUCCCUCUUUAAAAGCAAUAGCCAAGUCACUUCUUUUUGCAAGCAGAUCUUGCACACUAUAUCAGAUGAUAAAGACAAUUAGUACAGGAUGGGCUGGGGCACUUUUGGGCUUGCAGCACAGCACUGUCAAUGAAUGAGGAGCUCAGGGCUUUGUUCACUCCAGGCAGGAUGGCCACACUUCACAGCUGCAAGAAAACAUGCAUAGUUUUAGAUAUCGCCUUUCUUGGGCAAUGGUCCAUUUCUGUCAGAACACAGUACCAGCCUUUGCAGUAGAAUAACAAAUCAGUAACAAUCAGAAACAGUUUUUUACUUUCAUUUUUGGAAAAUAAACUGAAAAUAAAAUACAGCCAAACUUUG